AUGGCCAACCAGUUCAUCGGGUUGCACAUGAAGGUUGUCCUUCGGGACCCUUCUGGGUAUGCUCUCGCGGGCACGGUGAGGGGCGUGGAGGCAGGAAACAGCCUGACCCUCACAAACGUCUACAACUUUGUCACCCAGCAGCGAGCAGCACACGUAACGAUCGAUGCAGCGAACAUCGCCGACCUGUCCGAGGUGCCAUACGAGGCCGCCCAACCCGCGACUUACUCCGUGCCUGUGCCCGACCCCAUCCCCAUCUCUCCCGCCUCGCAGCUCCCGCCGCAGUCGACCUUUGUCGAUCCUGCAAUCCUUAGUAUGGGAAGGCGGCCUGCGUCCGGGACACCAAAGGCCUCCAGUGUACAAUAUCAGUCCGACAGGGGCGAGAAGCAGACGUCAGAUCCGAUGCCCACGUCUCGCACGCACUCGGAUCAUCAGCUUGGAGGCGCACGGACUGACCAGAGCAUCCUGAGCUCCAUCCAAGGGCUGACUGUUACCACUCCAUCGAAGAAUCAAACCCUCGGGAGGCCCGUCGAAUCCCGUGACGCACAAUCUCAAAAGAAAAAGGCAAGGGGCGGUCGGAACUCAAGACAGCCAAAGCCGGAUCAACCUGUCGAUGGCACGCCCAUGGCCGCAGUUCAAAGCGCGCACGGCAAGGGGUGGAGGCAGACGCCCAUCCUGGAAAGCACGGCGUCUUUCCAGCCCUUCAACUCACUCAAGCGGCAGGGUAAGGGCCGAAAAGGUCUGCAAGACAACGGCUGGGCGUCGGAAGAAGUCACCGAGGAGAUGGGCGACUUUGACUUUGAGAACAACCUCGCAAAGUUCGACAAGCGCACCAUCUUCGACCAGAUGCGCAAGGAAGACCAAGUUGACGACGCCACUCGCCUGGUUGCGCACAACCGCAAGCCCAAGCCGGGCACGGCUGGAGGCAAGAAUCUGCACUACACGGAAAACGUUUUGGAUCUGCCUUCAGCCGCAGCCCAGCACGCCGACUUUUGGAACAGCGAAGCGGAUGUCGGGGUGAAUGAGGAGGCCAGGCUCAGUGGUGUUGAGAACAGGAACGGGCAGGGCAGCGGUCGGCGAGCCGACAGCAGAUCCGGGCCGUCUCGUCGGUCGCAGUCACGCAAGGCUAGUGCCGUUGCCGGCAGCCAGCCGCUGAGUCGGGUGAACUCUGCCCAACAGAUGCACCAGCCGGGGCUCUAUCUGCAACCGUCAAACCGCCGAGUGGAAGCGAUAUCGACACUACAGAUGCUGAACCUGGAGAAUAUUGCCGCCAACGAGCUUGGCUUCAGCGAGGCUUUGAUGGCCGAGAACGCUGGCCGGGGAAUCGCCGAAGUGGCGGUCAAUGCGCUCAAGGACCCGGCGAUGAAGGUCCGGUUCGAGCUGGCGGUGGCGAGCUCGGCAGUGGACGCGUCCCUCGGCAGCUCGGCAAUCGUGAUCCUGGCAGGCAACAACAAGUCUGGUAUCCGAGCUCUGGCGGCCGGGCGACACCUGCGCAACAAGAACCUGGACGUCAUCAUCUGCCUCGUGGGAAUCGAGCGGGAGAGGGACCUGCUGGAGGACCUGCGGCGUCAAAUCCAGCUGUACCGGAACUUUGGCGGGAAGGUCCUCAGCAAGAACGACUUUUUCGAGCACCUGAGGAAGAGCUCCGCGUCCGGCUCGCCGGUGUCGGUCUCGCUCAUCAUCGAUGCGCUGCUGGGCCUGACCAUUUCCUUUGAAGAACUACGGAUAGGGGAUCAGGCCACGGUUUACGAGCUCAUGGAGUGGGCGAACCGCAACGAUGCGUUUGUCCUGUCGGUGGACGUGCCGACGGGCAUCGAUCCCACGACGGGCAAGAUUGCCAUCAUCGACGGGAGCCACCUUUACGUCAAGCCGCGGUACGUGGUGGCGAUAGGGGCGCCGAAGCGUGGACUUCUCGAGAUCGUGACGCCCCCAUCCGAGGGCGACGUCGGUGCCGUCAGCACUACGGCGCACGAAGACCAGUGGCGGCUGUUCAUCGCCGACAUGGGCCUUGGACUCGCCGUCUGGCGGAAGGCGGGGACCAAGAUGCGGCGCGGCAUCGACUUUGAUGGGCGGUGGGUGCUGGAGAUGCGGUACCGAGGGGCCGAGCUCAGCUUCGACGAGGACUGA